AUGGCAGGCGUUUUGGAAUCAUUAAACUGUUUGAACACUUGCUUAUCCAAACGAGAAAAUAUUUCCAUUGCUGUGGGAUGCAUAUGCAAUAUAUCAAAUUAUUUUGAAGAAGAAUUAAGUUACAGUGAAAUUAAUGCUGCUCUGUCAGUUAUCUUCGAUGAAAUAAAUGGAAUUGUUCCUGCAAUUAAAAAGGCCAUUACUUUGAAAACUUAUAAAAGUGCUGUGGUGGAAGCAUUACGCCUGUUCAAGUAUCUUGUGUUUCAUUACCGAGCACAUGUGUCUCCAUUUGUGUUGAUUGUUAAAGAGUUGUGUAUGAUGUGUGUAUCUCGUUCUGAUACAUCAAUAAUGGAGAAAGAAAAGGCUUAUGACUGUCUCUAUGAAGUAGUAAGUUCAGGUUCAUGGACUCAAGAUUUGAAUAUGAAUAAACUUGUUGAAGAUUUAUUUAAAGAGAUUCAUUUUCAACCGGCUCCAAAAGUUUUGCAGAAAUUAUGUCAUCUCUUAGGUGCCAUUUCACGAUUCUAUCCUGAAAAUAUGACUACAAAUGCUGGGAAACUACUUAGACUGUAUUUUCAUGAGUUAGACAAACAGGGCCAGCGUCGAGAAUUGUCAGCUGCUGUAGCAUCAGGCUGUCUUGAUGGCCUGGCCGAGUACAUGCACACCUUUUCUCAGCCCAUUGAAGAUGACAGAGAAUGCAGGCAAAAGGUGUAUACAUAUGUAAAGAUCUAUUCAAAUUAUCAAUCUGAUAGAAAAAUUGUUCAGAGAGCUGCAUUGAAGGUAUUACAUCUACAUGGAAUUUUAUUGAAGCAAUACGUGUUUGAGGAUUAUUUAUGGUGGCAUGAAAAAUUAAUUGUUUGGCUGCAUGCUAAUAACCCAGAAGACAAAGUUUGUGGUCGAAAUUCUCUUCUAACUUUUUAUGAAGUAAUAUCGUUAUCUUUACAGGAAAUUGAUGAUGAAAAACAUGCUAGAAAUGUUUUAAAAUAUUUUAUUGAUUACUUCAAAGAGAAGUUAAUGUCUGUGAGUCAGGAAGAAAAGGCAGAUAUCAUUCAAGGAUUAGGAAAGUUCAGUCAGUCAUGCUUGAAGUUUAUGUCUGGUGAGAAUCUGCUAUCUUUACUCAAUUUACUGGUUCAACAAGCACAACAAUUGUGUAUGGAUCUGCCCCUGGAUCAGUUGACAAAAGCUACCCAGAAAUCUCUCCAGAAUCUGCCAUAUUAUGUGGAAUGCAUUGCAAACAUUGCCAUGCAUUCAAAGUUUUCUGAAAAUGAAAUUUCAAGUUUGCAGCACAUGACAGUGGUCCUAAUUCACAUGUAUGGUGUAACACCUUCAAAAUUUCAGCCUCCUAUAGUUCAUGCUUUAUUGUCACUUGUGUAUAGUCUCUCAGUGAUGCAGGGGCUAUUGUUUGAAAAUUUCAUAAGUGUAGUUGUGUAUCAAAGCCUCAUUCGGAGUUGCUCAUCAUCAGAACAUGAACAAUAUGUUUCUUUGUGGUGUAUAAUGACUGACUCUCAUCAUUCAUGUAAUAUUCAAGUUCCUAUUGGAAUAAAACAGGAAGUUGUAAUAAAAAUUUAUGACACUUUGAUCAGAACAGUAAUUCAAAUUUUAAAGAAACUUGAUUUGAAAGUCUCUCAUAAAACAGAUUAUCUAUUAAAUUCUCAAGAUACAAAUUUAGGUUUAGAAGCUAAGAAUAUUCACGAUUUUAUGAUUUUCAUUAAUCUUGUUGAAUUUUGUUUAUCUUGGCUCCCCAAGACUGAUAAUUUGUUAUUCACAAAAUGGAUUCAGCCUUUUGCUGAGAACAUGAUUAUAGAGUCGAUUAAGAGCCCUCUUGCAAGUGGAUUUUACAAAUUACUGGGUAUUUGUUUUCAUCUCUGUGAGAAAGUUCAGUAUUUCCAAGAACUAGAAACUAGUAAUUGUGACAAAAAUAAGUAUCUUCCUCAAUUGAUUUGUAAAUAUUUACAAAUAUUGCCUACUAACAUUAACAAUUUCAAGGGAGAUUUGCAAAUUGCUUGUAUCCGUGUAUUUUUAGAGACUCCUGUAAUUUUUAUUUCUGAAAUUUUGCCUCAUGCUGUUGAAGUAUUUCGUGUAGCUUUCAAAAUUGGACGUAGUUACCUGAAAUUAGCAUCGGAAUCCUUGGUUGCUCUUGAAAAAUGGAAAUCAGCCCUUCCUCCGGAGACACUGCACCCAAUUCUUGAAGCUGUUGUUCCAGAAUUGGAACCUUUCCUUCGUAAUAGAAGCGCAGAUAUUGGUACAGAUAAAGAAUUAGAAUUCCUACAAUCAGGUCGUCAUUGGCGUAAACGGUAUUCUCUCAGACGUAAAAAGCUUGUAGAAAUGCCAGACUCAGACCUACUUAAACUGCAAAGACACAUUAUUUCGUUUUUAGGACCAUUAGAUUUUAAUAUUGCUUUAACACUUCUGAAUUCUCAAUCUGACACCGUAUUGUCUGGGACUCAGACAAAGAAAUUGAAAUUAAAACUACCUUUUAAAAAUAUUAAUAUUUUCAUUUACCUUGAUUCUUUACUUCCCCAUGUUGUAGACUUGACAGUAAAUUGCAGUGAUCGUCAGACAAGACUGGCAGCUUGUGAAUUGCUACAUGCAGUUAUUAUACUUAUGUUAGGAACCAGCAAGCAAACAGCAGACACAGAUUGUAGUGAAAUGUCUGAAAUAUUUGAAAAAAUUUUUCUUCCUGUCUUACAACUUGGUUGUGAUUCUGAUGAUGUUGUUUUUCAGCUAUUUAAUCCUUUGAUUUACCAACUUGCUCAUUGGUACUCUAGUCCUUUCCAACUUCGAAGUAAGAAUAGUGAGAUCUUUGUUAAUACUUUGUUAGAUGGAAUAGCCCAUCCAUCUGAUUCAUCUUUAAGGGAUAUUUCAGCUAGGUGUCUAAGAGAGUUUGUGGAGUGGUCCAUAAAACAACAUACUUCCCAUCGUCUUGAGAAAUCCUCAGUUAAUAUUGAGAUGAUUAUUACAAGAAUUUGCAUGUUGUGUGGCCAUCCCAGUGCCUGCAAGCGUUUGGGAGGUGCUCUAGCAUUUAACAGUGUGUACAGAGUCCUUCGAGAAGAUGAAGGAGUAGUAGAUACAUGGUUUUUGGAACUGUUGUUUUUCAUGGUAAAGAAUUUAGCUUUGCUACAAGCUAAUGCAGUGAUGGGAGUAGUUUCUGAGACAGAGCAGGCAGUGGACCAUGUGUUCCGUGUAUUCAAGGAAAAGGCUUCUGUGUUCAACAAGUUCUCCAGAAAGCGUCACAAGCCUCCCGAAUUCACUGGUGUUUUGCUGUCUGAUGCAGUUGUGUGGUUGCUUAUUCAAUGCCAAAAUGAAAACAAAAAUUGCAGACAUAAGUGUAUGAAAAUGGUGUACACACUUGCACCGCUUAUUGAAAAUUGUAAUUCAUUUGAUUCUUUUGUUAAUGAAUUUAUUCAGAAAGAGAGUACUAGAAAACUUAUAGAAAUCGUGGAAGGAAUUCCCAGUGAAAAUUCAUAUAGCAGUAGUGUAUCUCUUGCAAUUGAAACAUCAGAAUUGGAGAAAUCACCAUCAAACAUCUUGAACUGGUUAAAACUCCUUCAAUCCUCUCUCGACUGUUAUAUUUGGUUGUAUAAAAAUAGCUCCAUUGUCCAACAACUUUUGAUGGAUCCAGCUUCUCAUGUUAUCCAUAGUAUUGAACUUUUUUUAAGAUUGAAUACUGAAGAAUUGAGUUUGGAUAAUAUAAUGAAGCAACACAAAACAACUCACGUAGAGCAUAAUUUGUAUUUGCUAGAGAAAAGCACUAUCAUACAAAAUAUUUUUAAUUUUAUGUUACUUACCUUAACAAACAAAGAUGAUACGAAGGGUUUUCGGCUAAUAUCAGAUAAGUUUUUUAACUCUACCAUGUGGCACUUUAUUUCCAAAUGCUUAUUCAGUUCUUUUGCUCUUGGUUUUGAAGUUAGAGAAGAGGAAGCAGUUAUUGAAAUGCACAGAUGUUUGCAAAACCUUCUUCUUUGCCUUCAAACAACACUAGAUUCUUCACUUUAUUGGUGUAACUUAUGUGAAGUUCUUCAAGAAAGUUUCAAGAACUGGGUGUCAACAUUGGAAAAAGAAACAAAAACUGUGCUUUGUGAAGAUGAGUGUCCUCAGGAUCUGAAAGCAGCAAUACUGGGAAUGUUAGUAUAUCAGCAAUGUCAGUUAUCUGGUGAUGCAGGAGAGAGUGUGGUACAUUUUCAGAACUGGCUACUCCAUGCAUGCUUUGAAGCUGUAGAAGAGGUUUCUCAGAACCAGCACACGGCUGUUGAUCUUAAUCCAUCAGCUCAGACCUUUGGAGAAUUGCUUCUUAAAUUAGCUUGUUUUGGCGGAAAACAAAUUUCCGCACUUAUUACUUUACUCUUGGACCCAACUGAACUCAAUGUUAAAGGGACAGGAUCUUCAGUUCAGCAUGGUGAGCAUUUCCAAUCCAAUUUUAAGCAAAACACUCUGAUGCCUUUACUUUGUUUUCCUGGUAUAACAUUAAAAACUUUGUUUGGAAAGCCAGUUGCUAGUCGUAGAACUAUGACUCUUCUAUUACAACUUAGUCAGUUUGCAUUAGAAAACCGGAAAACUUGUGGAAAAUUAAGCCAACAAUUACAUUCUUCUUUUUUGGAACAUUGGCAUACUGUAGAAGAAUGGGCAUCUUUGAGUAAGGAAAAUACCACUUUUGUGUUACUUAUACUAAAAGAAAUUAGUUUGUGUGCAGAACAAGUUGCAGGUUGCAUGGCAACAAAACCUUGUGGAACUUGGGUCUUAACUUUACUAUCCAAUGUAUCAGAAAGUAAUUUGAUCCCAUCUUUUCAUAAUGAAAUCCUGGAUCUUGUACCAUAUCUCAUACGUUCGCCUGCCUACUUCUCUGAUGAUCUAAAAGAUGCUUUCCAAAAAUUUUGCCAAAUUUUUCCAGAAGAUACUUGUGAAUUAAAGGUUGGGUCUUUACAGUAUGAUAGUUUUGUCUCAAUGUUCUCCAAAUUACUCUUAAUAAUACAAAACACUGGAAGCCUGUAUCUCUUUGAAAGAAUACUUGCUAUGGCAGUUCGUGAAGACAACCAUAUAUGUUGUAAAAAAAUUCAGUUAACUCUCCCCAAAUUUGUGUCUCGAUUGGAUUCUGCAAUGCAAUGUAAAGCAAUUGAAGUGGGGUUUAAUAUAUUUAUAGAAUGUAGUCUGCAUUCCCCUCAAAUAAGAAUGAACUCUGUUCAAUAUUUUGUUGUACCACUCAUUAGGCACAGUCAUGAAGACACUGUUGUCCAUUUUUUCACUUUACAUAUGCAACAAAUUUUUGAUUUAUUAAGCUUAGUUCCACUGGAGGCUGCUCGCACAAUUCAAACUGAACAUAAUUUAGUGUCGAGGAUUGGGUGCUGGUGGAUGAUUGAAAUGCUGUUUUCCCAUGUUUCCUCUGAAGUACUAGAAUCAAAGGAAUGCCCAAUAACUAAAGGCAUGAACUUAGAAAAAGGACUAAUAAGUGAAUUGUCAGGGAAAGCAUAUCGUACUCGUAAUGAAAGCCUGUCCGACAGUUCAAUGAAGAAUUCUCAAAUUAAAGAAUUAUUUCGCAAGAUGCAGUGUUCUGCAUAUACUGUUUUAGUUGUGAUUGUAUGCAGUACUAAGAAAGAAUUAAAAUUUUACACUGGCCUUCUUUUCAAAGAAGAAGAACGAAAAAGCUUGUGGGAUAAGAUUAUAGAUUGUACACACAUUUACUCUUUUCCGAUUUGUUGGGAACAAAUUCCCAACCAGAGGAAACUUCUUGUUAGCAUUCGACAAAGUACUCGAAGAGAAGUACAAUAUCUACCAACUGAUACUCAAAUACUGGUGAAUAGUACUUUGGCAGAGGAUAUUACACGCUUUGAUUUCACAACUUCUGUACAUCAGUCUCCACCUGAGAUAAACUCCUGUUUAGAAGUUUCUCUUGAAGAUGAUGUAAUAAACAAACAUGAGUGCAUGGGAACACUUUGCGCCUUAUUGAGACAUAUGGCUAUCAAAAAUCUUUAUACAAUACCUAAAGUUGGAGAUCCACAACCACAAAUUCCAUCGUGGAUGGAGCAAAUGCGGAAGAGUAUAAUGGAUAAUUCUAAGCAUUACAAUGUUCGCUCGUUUCUCACAAAGCUUAUAGUGAAUAAUGUUAAUAUAUUCAAGCCAUUUGCAUCGUAUUGGCUUUAUCCAGUCAUGCAAAUUAUCGUAGAUGGAUGUUUAGGAUAUGAUAUUAACUAUAUGGUAAUGGAUGCGAUUGCAAUGUUGGUUUCAUGGCAUGAAACUGCAAUUCCAUCCAAUGAAUCAGAAAAAAUGUUGGCUCGUGAAAUCUUGCAGUUUUUAAUUGCAAAUGCACGUUCUCAAAGAAGAGAUGUUCUCAAGUGUAAUUUAGAGGUUAUUCGUACUUUAGUGGAAGUGUGGAGGGAAUGUAUCACUGUCCCUCAUCAGAAACUAUUAGAUUUAUUGGUCAUGUCUUCGAAAGAUGAUACAUCUGGUUGUGAGACUGCUAUACAUAUUGCUAGUAUUUUUUUGGUAAAUGGUAUUCAACCUUGGAAUGAUAUUGGAAAAAAGACUUUUUUCACUCAUGUUUUAUCUUUCAUUUCUCCUACAAACAAACUACUUUGCCAAUGCGCAGAAGUUCUUGGAAUGUGUUUGAAACACAUCAAUCCAAAUCUUGAAGAGAACCUUGUAGAACAAAAUGAAGAAAUUUUUACCGCUGUUAAACAAAAGAUUUAUAAUGUGGAGAAAAAUACUGAUAAAUAUCUCUUAUGUUUACACAGUAUUCAUAGACAUUAUACCCUGAUUCUUGAUGAUUUUUUGAAGAACAUACUGUACCAUUUGCCUAAAGUGCAUGGCAAGUUUAAGGUAAUGUGUAUUGAAAUGAUCAGAGCGCGAAUUGAAAUUCUUGGUGAUUUUGCUUUUAAUGAGUUGGAAAACAAAGGGUUAUUGAUUUUACUUCAGCAUGGAGAUGUUGACAUGCAAUUAGCAAUUUUGGUAUUGAUCAACAAAAUGUUGCCUCAACUAACUUCAGAAAAACAGUUAUUACUCAUAAACCUGUGUGUGAAUAUUUCAACAGUAAGAAAUUCACCAUGUCGCUUAGCAAUUUUUAAAAUACUGAUGUGGGCAUAUGAACAGAAUAUACUUUCUGAUGAUGGAAAAGGUAUCCUUUUAAAGGGUAUGGUAGACAGUGACCCUGAUAUACAGGAACUUAUUUUUAAGUUUUGGAAUGAGGAAAAACAUCUCUCACCAAUGAUGCCGAAUCGAUUCUUAGGGCUCUUCCAAAACAUGUAUUCUCCUCAGACUGAGCAACACUUUUUGAGUUAUGCAUUACAUUUACUGUUGGAUGAUGUGACAUUUAGUUCGGAGUUUAACACAAAUAUAUUUGAGUAUCCUUUGUCUCAGUGUGACUUCAAGCAGUUGCAAGUUCUUGUUUCACAACGAAUGAAACAUGCACCUUUAGCUCCUCUAUUCUCUCAGUUACCUGGGACCAUGGUCUCAACACAAAAUUCUGUGUUUCCAACACAAUUCAAAAUUAAAGCAAGUCACUCAACAAUGAGGUUCCAACCGACAUUAGAUAUGUCACAGAGUAAUGCAUCUACUAUUAGUUCAAGCUUGAUGUUUACAUUUGGAUCUGGCACUCAGCAAAGUUUUCCAGAACGUUAUAGUUCAAUGACAGAUGUUUCUAACAGCAAUGAAAAAGAACUGUCAGCUUAUCUCAAGAGUCGACGUUUACUCAAAGACGUAAAGCAGGUGAGCCGCAUGCAUGCUUUCUUUGAGGCGCGUCGUGCCACUCGACGACAGACUUUACAAGAAGAACGUGUGAGGCAGCGUGAAGCUAAUGUAUCUUUGUAUCGUACAUAUCGUUUAGGUGAUUUUCCUGAUGUGGAGAUACCAUACAAAUCCAUUUUUAAACCUCUUCAAGCAUUGUCAAAACAUAAUUCAGCUGUAGCAUGUCAGAUGUUGAGUUUGCUUUUUUCGGGUAUAUUAGCCAACCUUCAAGAUGAUGAAUUGAACUCUUUUUCCUCUGCAAUUUCUGAAGCUUUCUAUUCAGUCAUGCAAAAGACUGUAGGCACACCUAUGCUGAUAGUUUCAAUAUUUGAAAUGAUCUUGUCAUGUAAUAAACAUAUCAGUUUGCCUGCAGAUAUAGUUUCAUCAGUGAGUCAAGAGACAGGUUUAUUAAUGCUUGGAAGCCUGGUACUCGAGAAAAGCUUGAUAAAUUAUCAACAUGAGAGCAAUGCCAGUGAUGUUGAUGUUGAAUUGAAUUAUUGGCUUCGACUUGCCGAACUUUAUCAAGGCAUGGAAGAAUGGGAUGUUGUACAUGGAGUAUUUCAUGAGAAGCUUAAUUCAUGUGCUGCUGCAAGGUCUGCUUUGGAGGCAGAGGCAGAAGGGAAAUGGAGAGAUGCCAAAGAUCAUUACAGAGAUGCUAUCAGUAGUAACGAUCCCAGCUACAUAAAAGAUUUUUAUUAUGAAGCCUUCUACCAGUGCUUAGCCAAUCUCUCUGAGUGGAAACAGUUGUAUCAAUGUGUGGAUGAAGAAGUAGAUGGUGAGUGGGAUUUGCUAUGGAGUCAUCUGUGGAACAAACAGCAUUUAUUACCGCAGCUCCUUACUUCUGAAAUUCAGUUGAUAGGUACAGAAGAUAGUAGUAUAUUUUUAAGAAACCUUCAAGUCUGGUUGCAGGAUGAAGCAAAAAAAGAGCACAUGGAAGUGCAUUUCACUGAAGAGUUAGCUGUUCUUUAUGCAUUUGAACAAAAUUUUGUAAAGGCACAGGUGUUUUCAAAUAAAUGUUAUGUUCAGUUUUUAAAUGAUUGGAUUAAUAUGAAUACGUUGGGAUUUAAACAGAGAGCAACAGCUCUUCGUGAUAUUCAUCGAUUAUCAGAGUUGCAGGUGUACUUAGACUUUGUGACUGCAAAUAAUGUGCAAAAAGAUGUAAAACAACUGGAAUCAUUUUGGAAAGGAAGUUUACCCAAUGGAAUGAGUUCAUUACUUGACUGGGAUCGCAAGCUUGCAUAUCGAACUCAAUUCAUUAAACAUAUUAAGGAAAAGUAUUCCAGUGAUUCUCACAGUUUGGAGAUAAUAGAAAUGGAAAUGCAACUCUCAAUGGUAGAUGCAGCUUUAGUACAAAAUAAUAUUUGUGUGGCAAAAAAAUAUAUAUUUUCUUCAAAGGAAAAGCUUAUUACAUUGCCACUUAAACUGAACUUACAGUGGAGUAUAAUGUAUGCCCGAUAUCUGUGGCUCAAAUCAGUGCAAAGCACUACUAAACCAAUAAAUCUUAAUUUCAUGAUCCAGGCUUGUAAUAUAUUACUGGAUCAUAAUCCUUGCAAUGCUGAAGAAUGGAAUGAUGACUGGUUGCUUCAGCUGCAAGCGUGUGAAUUAAUGGGCACAAUGGCUAAAGGAGUGUGGGAAGUAAUGAAAAUUCAUCCAGAAGCCAUUCACUCUUUGAAUGAGGAAAACAGAUGUCAUUUUCAAAAGUGGAUAAGCACAACAAGUGCAGAAUUAGAUACUGUUCUGAACUCUCUACACGAGUCAGGAUUGACAUAUCUUCAUACUGCUGUUAACAUAGCACUAAAAGGAUCAGCUCAAAAUAAGUCCUCACCUUCUGUUAUUGCUGAUGCUUACUUUAAAAUAGCUGAAUUUUAUGAAACUACAAAAGUAAAGAUAAUUAGUGAAAUCGAUUUCCUAGUAGCCAUUCUUCGUGCCAUGAAAUAUGGUUCCAAAGAUGCCCAUUACCUUUUCCCUCGUUUGUUGCAAAACACUCAUUUGGAAGCAGAAUGGAUUGAGAGGUUUGUUAUGGAAAGUGCUGAAGUAGCUGAGUGGAUGUUUUUAAAAUGGAUAGGCCAAAUUUUGGCUUGUUUGGAUAAGCCAAUUGGCCAGGCUCUGCAUCAGAUUGUUCUAAGAGUGGCAGAAGCAUAUCCUCAAGCAGUGACGUGGCCAUAUCAUAUUAGCCUUGAAAAAUAUAACACAAAUUGUAUCCCUCAGAUUGUGCUUGACCAAUUGAAUUUGUUGCUGAUGCAGAAUCCAUUGAUAGAAAUGUUUUUGAAAGCAAUGUCAUGUUUAGCUCAGCCAGAAAUAAUUUUGGCCCAUCAUAUUGAUCAGGUUUUAAAUAUCUGCAAACAAGAUAUUAUAUCUGAGGAAAUUCAAACAGCUAGUAAACACUUGCAAGAUAAAAUUGUGCAAAUAAAAUUGAGGGACCCAGUUCAAGGAUCAUGUUUUGAUGUUUUAAAUUCAUGUUAUCCUCAGUUAGACAAAGCAUUAACUCACAUCAUUAAGAAAGAAAUCAAAGGAUUGGAAAUUCUGAGACAAAUAAGGUCACAAUUGGAACAGAAAGUUAAAGAGAAAGUAAGAGAAAAAUCUGCUAGGAAGGUACCCUUGAGAAAGCACAGUCCAUGGUUAAGUGACUUCCAAAUGUCACCUUGGGGGGAUUACCUAGAAUUGCCUGGGCAGUAUACUGGUGAGAAUCACCCAGUUCCUCACCAUCAUGUUAGAAUUGCAGGCUUUCUUCCUGAAGUUUGUGUAAUUAAUUCUUUGCGUUUGCCAAUUAAACUGACAAUAAUUGGAAAUAACGGCAAAGAAUAUCCAUAUCUUGUAAAAUUUGGUGAAGACUUACGACAAGAUCAAAGAAUUCAACAACUAUUUAAUGUAAUGAACACAAUAUUUUCCAAAGAUCCACCAUGCUUAACUAGACAAAUAAAUAUUGCUACAUACCAGGUAAUACCUCUUACUAGUCAACUUGGUAUCAUUCAAUGGAUUGAUGACACCAAAACUCUUAAAAAUGUGUUGGAAAUUAAUUUAAAUGAAGAAGAACAAAACAAUUACAAGAAAGCAACUGACACAUACAUAGAAUGGUUAAAAUUAGGUUCGGGGAGUUCUGAAACUAAUGUGCAAGCAAUGCAUCGCAUUGCAUAUAGAAAUUACAGUAGGGAGGAAACUAUUCAAGCUUAUGAGAAGAGAGUUGCCUUAAUACCAGGGGAUAUAUUCAGACGUGCAUUCUUGCAGAUUAGCAUAAAUCAGGAAGAAUUUUUUGCACGGCGUCAGAAAUUUGCCUGUAAAUAUGCAAGUAUGUGUAUUUCCCAUUGGAUACUGGGUGUUGGUGACCGUCACCUGGGAAAUUGUUUGGUCAGGGAACGUGAUGGGUCUUGUGUGGGAAUUGACUUUGGAUGUGCCUUUGGUUGUGGUAUUCAGUUCCUUCCCAUACCUGAAUUAAUGCCCUUUAGAAUGACUCCACACAUUAUAAACUUGAUGGAACCGUUUCAGUGCACAGGAUUAUUGCAAGGAACUAUGAUCCAUACACUAAGAGCUUUAAGGAAUGCCAAUCAAACUCUUUUAGCUACCAUGGAGGUGUUUGUUCAUGAACCAUCUAUAAAUUGGGUAGAACUGGCUAAACAAAAUAAAGGAUUCAAAAAUGAAAAUAUCAAGUGGUUACCACAAGAAAAGUUAUCAAUAGCAAAAAGAAAGUUGGCAGGUGUUAACCCUUUAACAGUAGAAGUGGAGGAACUAAAAGCAGGGCAUGGAUCGUCUAAAUAUUUAAAUGAUUACUUGAAAGUUCUUAAUAGUGCAAAAUCUUUCAAUUUCAGAGCUAGAACUAAUGCAACUAAUUUGACACCAGCAGAACAAGUAGAAUGUUUAAUGGACUUAGCUGUUGACCCAAAUAUUUUAGGGAGAGCAUGGGUUGGUUGGGAUCCAUGGAUAUAA